AUUUUAUAAUUUCUAUUACUUCAGCUGCUACUUUCUAGCCAAUACUCGAAGCAUCGAAACAAACAGAAACAAUGGCUCACAAAUUAAGUUGUCUAUCAAGGUUGCUUCAAAGCCCCUCCAAAUCUCUGAAUCAAUGCACUCGUACUUGGUCAACAAAACGAGGUUACGCGAGUAGAAGCCGGACUCAAACAUCUCAGAGACUUAAAGACAAGGUUGCGAUUGUCACAGGAGCAUCCUCUGGACUUGGCCGUGCCAUUGCUCUAAGGUAUGCUCAAGAGGGGGCGCACGUCGUCUGCGCUGAUCUGAGGCCGCUCGCCCCGUCUGCCAUUGGUAUUCAAGCCAGCAAGGCAACCCAUGAGCUCGUUAAGGAGCAGGAUGGCGUGCGGAGCCUUGCCGUAAAAGUAGACGUGAGCGAUUCACAAAGCGUUCAAGACAUGGUGCAAGCAGCUGUGAAGGAAUUCGGAAGAGUUGAUAUCAUGUGCAAUAACGCAGGGAUUGCGUUUGAGACCAAAGCGCCGCGGCCGUUGGGAAUUUGGGAAACCCCGGAUGACCAAUUCGACAUGACGCAGCAAGUCAACUUGAGGGGGGUAUUUCUGGGCUGCAAGUAUGCUGGCGCUCAGAUGCUCAAGCAAGAACCGCACUCGAGCGGCGACCGGGGAUGGAUUAUCAAUACAGCCUCAAUAUUGGGUUUGGUUGGGACGUACGGAACGUCAUCAUAUUCCGCAGCUAAAGGAGGUGUUGUGAAUCUAACUAGAGCGGCUGCAUUAGAUUUCGCGCCGCACCGGAUUCAUUGCAAUACCAUUUGCCCAGGCUAUACUCAUAGUGUAAUGAUUGAAGGCUUGAACAAAGAUAUCGUCAAUAAAGUAUCGGCAAUGCAUCCGCUGAAAGGCUUUGGGCAACCAGAAGACAUUGCGAGGGUAGCAGUCUUCUUUGCGAGUGAGGACGCAAACUGGGUUACGGGGGUCUCAAUGGCAGUUGAUGGGGGCUACACCGCACAAUAA